AUGAAGUAUGUCGUGGUUUCUGGAGGUGUCAUUAGUGGCAUCGGGAAGGGCGUAAUCGCCUCGAGUACCGGAUUGCUGCUGAAGACACAGGGUGCCCGAGUCACCUCAAUCAAAAUUGACCCCUACAUGAAUGUCGAUGCGGGAACCAUGGCCCCCACCGAGCACGGAGAGGUGUUUGUGUUGAACGACGGUGGUGAAGCCGAUCUCGAUCUCGGUAACUACGAGAGAUACCUUGGAGUUACCCUUGGAAGGGAUAACAACAUCACAACUGGAAAGGUCUACAAGCAUGUGAUCGAGAAAGAGCGCCGCGGUGACUACCUUGGACGUACGGUGCAAAUCGUUCCGCACUUGACAGAUGCCAUUCAGGACUGGAUUGAGCGUGUGGCUAGAACACCCGCAGACGAUAGCAAUGAGGAGCCCGACGUUUGUGUUAUCGAGCUUGGUGGCACACUCGGUGACAUUGAAAGUGCUCCUUUCGUUGAGGCUCUGCGUCAGCUGCGUCGUCGCGCUGGCAAGGACAACUUCGUUCAGAUUCAUGUUUCCCUAGUCCCUGUCAUCCACGACGAACUGAAGACCAAGCCUACUCAGCAGGCUAUUCGGGACGCUCGCUCAGCUGGAUUGAGCCCGGAUCUCAUUGCAUGCCGUUGCGAAAAGCCCCUUGACAAGGCCACCACGGAUAAGAUCGCUAUGUUCUGCCAGGUCGAGCCGGAGCAGGUGAUUGGCGUGCACAAUGUCACAUCCACCUACCAUGUUCCUCUGCUUCUCGAGCAGCAAGGUUUCCUUGGCGUUCUGGGUGACCUUCUCAACAUGAAGAAAAUGGAUAUCUCUGAGAUUCAGUUGGCCAAUGGUCAGUCCACUUGGAAACAGUGGAAGACCCUUACGACUGCGCAGGAGCAUACCUAUGAAACCGUCAACAUUGCCCUGGUUGGCAAGUAUGUCAGUCUCCACGACUCCUACCUGUCCGUCAUCAAGUCGCUCGAACACGCGUCCAUGGCUUCCCGCCGAAAGCUCAACAUCAUUUGGGUCGAUGCCUCUCACCUUGAGCCUGAAUGGGAGGAGACCAACUCUAAGGAAUACCACAAGGCCUGGUAUGACAUUCACACUGCCAACGGAAUUUUGGUCCCAGGUGGUUUCGGUACCAGAGGCACCCUUGGAAUGAUGCGCGCUGCCCACCAUGCCCGCACCAAAAACAAGCCUUAUCUUGGUAUCUGCUUGGGUAUGCAGAUUGCUGUGAUCGAAUAUGCUCGUAAUGUCUGUGGCCUCGAGGGCGCCAACUCUGUCGAACUUGACGAGCGCACUUCCCACCCGAUCGUGGUGUACAUGCCCGAGAUUGAUCAGGUGAACCUCGGCGGUACUAUGCGUCUUGGUUCCCGCCCUACUCUUUUCCAGAAGGAUACCGAAUGGUCCAAGCUCCGCUCCCUUUACGGAUUGGACCGUGCUUCCAUCGAUGAGCGUCACCGCCACCGUUAUGAAGUCAACCCCGAGUAUAUCGACCAGCUUCAGAAUGCCGGUCUUCACUUCAUCGGCAAGGAUGAUCAGGGUGAGCGCAUGGAAAUUGUUGAACUGAAGGAGCACCCCUGGUACGUGGGUGUUCAGUUCCACCCUGAGUAUCUCUCCCGUGUACUUGCACCCAGCAAGCCAUUCCUCGGAUUUGUUUCUGCUGCGGCUGGUUGCUUCGACCAGGUCAAGGCCUUGUCCCAAGCGAAAGAGGUCGAGUUGGCUAACGGCGUUAGCAACAUCGUUGUCUAA